AUUCAGGAGAGAAACACACAAACUUAGAAAAAUGGAUCAAACUCUUUAUCUCAGACUUCUUAUUGCUCUCUGUUCAUUAUCUGAAUGCAUUCAGCGCCGCUAUCACCACAUAAACAUGAAUAAAACCUGGACUGAAGCUCAGAGAUACUGCAGAGAAAACUACACAGAUCUGGCCACAGUCAACAACAUCAAUGACAUGAAUCAACUGAUGAAGAGUAUAGAUUACAGUCUGCUGAAUACCACUCAUGAUGUGUAUCUCUGGAUUGGACUGAAGAGAUCAAGUGUUUAUAAAUGGAAGUGGUGUCUGGGUGAUCCUGUGAAUUAUACAAACUGGUCUAAUGGAGACUCAAAUGGUUCAGAUCAUUGUGUUUAUAUGAGAGAUGGAUCAUGGCAUCAUCAGGACUGCAAAGUGAACAUGAGAUUCAUUUGCUACAAUGGUGAUAAAGGAUUCAUCAUUGAUGGUUCUUCAGUAUCAUGGAGAGUCGCUCAGAUCUUCUGCAGACAGCAUCAUACUGAUCUGAUCAGUGUGAGGAAUCAGACUGAGAAUCAACAGAUUCAGAAGAUCAUGAAUGACAAAAACAUAUCUGAAGUCUGGAUUGGUCUGUUCAGUGACUCAUGGGAGUGGUCAGAUGAGAGUGACUCUGGAUUCAGAAACUGGAGGUCUGGUGAACCCAGUAAUGGCCCUUCUGAAGAUUGUAUAGAGGCCAUUGUGAACAAUCAGGGUCAAUGGAAUGAUGUAAAUUGCAGUGGUUCUGAUACUUUUUUUGUGUUUGUUGUGUGUUCAGAUAAUCUGAUAUUGAUCCAGAUGAAUCUGAGCUGGUCUGAAGCUCUGAGAUACUGCAGAGAGAAUCAUGUGGAUCUGGUUUCAGUUGAUUCAGAGGAGAUUCAGUUCAUGGUGACAGACGUGAUUCAUCAGUCCUCUACUGACGCUGUGUGGAUGGGGUUACGUCACUCCUGUGCUGUUGGUCUUUGGUUCUGGGUGAAUGGAGAGAUGGUCUGCUAUCAGAAUUGGGCUCCAGGGAAUGAAACAGCAGUGGACGACUGUGACCAUGAAGUGAAAUCUGGAGCAGUUCAGUCUGGAGGAGAUCAUCGCUGGAUCAGCCUUCCUGAAUCUCAACAACUCAACUUCAUCUGCAUCAGAUAUGAUGAAUAAAAUAAUUUGUGUCUAUCACUGCUUUUUAAUAUUUGUUAAUUUUCUGAUUUUGUUUGUUUUGUUCUUUA